AUGAGUUCAGACUCACAAGUUCGAAACAUCGAAAUUUCGCUACAAACCCUCAUCAAAAGCUGGAAUAGAAGACAAAAAUGGCGAAUUUUCGUCAAGAAUGGAGAAAAGCAAGAAGUAUCAAGAUCUUCACGGAGAGCCCAUUUGUCUAAUUUCCUAGAAUCAACUUACCUUCGAAUUUUUACAAUUUUUUUACUUGUCAUAGAUCUCAUAUUGACUAGUCUUGAACUUUCUUCGUCUUUUCUUUCAUGCCCAAAAAAGAAGAAUUUUGAAGCAGAAGAAGUUUGGUUUCAUUGGGUAGGUAUUGCAAUCUUGAGUUUGCUGUGUGUGAAAAGUCUGGCUCUUUUUGUGGGGCUAGGAAGGUCAUUUAUUCUAAGGCCUGGUUAUGUUCUUGAUUGUAUUGUUGUGAUGGUGGCUCUAAUUUUGGAAGCAUUUUUGGAGAGAAAAGGAGGAGGAUUGGUUGUGGUGAUGAGUUUGUGGAGGGUUUUGAGGGUUGUGGAGAGUGCAUUUGAGCUUAGUGAUGAGGCCAUUGAAGCACAGAUUGAGCUGAUUGUUUGCCAAUUUGAGGCACUUAAGCAUGAAAAUGCAAGACUUAUGGAAAUUAUUGUGGAGAAAGAUAUGAUCAUAGAGAAGUUAGAAGAAGAAAUAGAUAAGUCCAAGCAUGGUUAAUUGUUCAUGAAAGUUUUAUAGUAUGCUUUCGGCAUCAGAAGACUGAUCUCUUUGAACACAAA